UAUUAUAACGUUCCAUGGUGGUGAUUAGGGCUGGACGUUCGGUUAUCGGUUGCCGGUUAACCGGCCGGUUAAACCGAUAACCGACGGUUACCGGUUAACCGACUAACCGAAAAUUACAAAAUCGGGCGGUGUUCGGUAGCGAGGUCAGCUUUACCGGUUAACCGGCUAACCGGCGGUGGUAACCGCCGGUUAACCGGCAAAACUAACCCCCUCCCCCUUCAAUCCUAAAACUACGCCGCCCUCCUCUUCCGCAAAAACCCUAAUCGAGCCCCUUCAAUCCUAAAACUACGCCGACGAGUUACCAGUAAUCCAGUAUCCAUUUCAACCCGCCACUUGACGCGAUUGCCUUCAUUUUCGGAUCAAAGGAAUCCCCACUCUCCUCGUCGAUAACCUCCCUAGGCAAUCGUCGGAAGUCAACCCUAAGCUCCGAUGGAUUCGACCGGCGAAGUAAGCGGAGGCGGAAAAGGAGAAGCAGCAGAAGCAGAAGGAGAAGGAAAGUGGUGGAGAAUCAUUCUUAAGCGCCAUCCAUUUUCAUGGGUUGUGAACAGGGGAGCAUUCUUACUUGGAAGUGGUGGAGAAUUCGACCAAGAGAGGGGAAGUGAGGGUGAUCGUCGAAUUGAAUUUCCGGUCGGAGUUCGAGAUGGCGAGGGCGAGCGACGAAUACAACCACCUAAUCGCCCGGCUGCCGGAGGUGUUUGUCGGCAGGGUAGACCGGCUGAAGAAUCUGAUCAAGAUGCUCUGCUCCGCCGCCGAGGCUUGUUCCAAGGAGAAGAAGAUUCACCUGGCGCCGUGGAGGAAGUACGAGUACAUGAAGUCCAAGUGGUUCGGUGGGUCGUGCGAGAGACUUGUUCCAAGGAGAAGAAGAUUCACCAGUCGGUUACCACGGUUAACCGAGCAACUAACCGGUAACCGACCGGUCGGUUGCCGGCUAACCGAUGACUUCCGUCGGGCGGUUGGCGGUAAGCGAGACUGGCGUCGCGGUUAACCGGUAACCGACAUUUCGGUUAUCGGUUAUAACCGAUCUAACCGAAAAUCCAGCCCUAGUGGUGAUAUAUGACUCUAAUGUUCAAUCCAUGAUUAGUUCUCUAAUUCGCAUUGACGUUUCAUGUUUAUUACUCGUCCUAAUCUUAUUACUUGUAGAUAAACUAUUUCGCUAAUUAAUAAAAUACAUAAAAAUUAUUGGAAUUUCCAGAAUUCUUUCUUGUCAUAUUUAGCAAACCGUAUGUUGCAUGGAUUAUACACACGUCACAUGUUGUAAUAUUUUACGAACCAAAUGACCCAACUAGGGAAUUUUUGCUUAUCUAAGGAGUGAACUUUGAUUUAGGGUCGAGUUUAAUUUCUCGAGUUUGAGGAUGUUGUGUAUGAUUACAAUUCAUGAGCCAAGAUUGAGAUGGAUAGAAGAAAACUUAGAACUUUGUAUCAACGAAUUGGAAGUUUUUCAUUCGUGAUUUCGAGAAUUACUGGAAUCUAAAUAUUUAGAUUCUAAACAAUUCAAAGAUUCUAACUCUCCAAAUUGUUGAAGUUUUUUUUAAAAAUGUUCCUUAUUUGGUAACUAUUAUUAAUGUUAAAAAAAAUAUAAUUGCACUUUUUUAUCAAAUAACUUGUACCAUAGACAAGCGAAUCAGAGAGGCUUGAAAAAUAUGAGAAAUUAUUUGUAAGGAUAUCUAGUGGGAUUGAUAUAAAAAGGAAAGUAUAAAAUACGAGGAUAAAAAUUCUCAUAAAUGUAGAUUCUCUCAUCACUAGAUUUUAGAAAUUUAAAAUCUAUGUACCUGAAAUUUACUAUAAAAGAACAGUAAUGAACAUAAUUUUCUGUUGAAUCUAUUGAUUCGAUGAAUCCAUAGCCCAAAUCUUUUUCUCCAACUCAAUGUUUUUAUUAGAUGAAUAGCUAACCUUCACACAUAAAUACAUUGGGCAAUAUGACUUGGUUUUUUGGUACCUAUUGAAAUGGUGUUUUGUGUUUAUGGAAUCAGGGUUCUGUUUCACAUGACAAUCUCAAAUUUUCUUCAGGAGUGGUGGAUUAUGCGGGCUAGCUAGGUGCAAUUCAAAUGUUUGACAAAAGUGUGAGGGAUUGUGCUGGAAGAAUAGUAUAUGAUGUAUAUAUGUAGAACAGUUGUAUCCACAAGUUGUAUGCUCGAAAGGUUCUCACCAAUAGGCAUAAAACGUAAAAUCAAUACGAAAUGAAUUUAUUAGGGUGUCCAAUUUCUUUUUCCAAUUUUAGAGGUAAUUUCCCAUAUAAAUCCUAAUCCUCCUAACAAUAAUAUAAAGAGGUUCUUCAUGAGAACAUAAUUAAUUCUAAAUUUCGUGUCUUUCGAGUGAAUUUAGGAGGGACAUCUUUGUCAUUUUAAUUGAUAAAACCUCAAACAGAAUACUUUAUUAACUAUACUAAUGAAAAAUAAAAAGAUGUCGUUGGUAACUUCUGUAAAACUAAUAUUAAACUAUUACUUUAGUUAGGAAAGAUAGUAUUUUUAUAUUUUAGCCAAGAGUUGUGCGUGUCUAUAUAUGUUCAAUUUUUCAAUUUAAUUUAAUUUUAAUAGAAGAUUAAGAGUAUGAGACAAAGUCUUAUAUGUGAGACUUUUCUAAUUAAUUAAUUAAUUAUUAAUAAAUUAACUAAACACACCAAAUAUAACUUUGAAUUUGAGUUUUUUUUAUAAAAACAUAUACAAAAAAAUCAAAGUGUUAAUAAGAAUUCAUAAUGGUGAGAAGGUUUAUGAAUCAAUAAUUAUUUAAUUAAUUAUUAGUGUAUUCCUCAGUUAUUUUUUUGGGUAUUGAUUUUUUUUUAGAGUUACGAAAUGUAGAUCACAAUCUCCAUCUAGAAACUAGAAGUUCACUGUUAAAACCACUAACUAGAUAAUUUCUUUCUUAAGUUCAUUUUUCGGGAAAUGAAAAAAAAUUAUGAGAUCAUACCACCUUAGAUCUAGGUUGGUGAUAUAUAAAUUUUUUUUAUCAUAGUGGCAAAUUAGAAACUCCGUUUGCUUUCUUUUUCAUAACUUUUGGUUUUGAUCAGUUAUUAGUGAAAGAAUUAUAUUUGUGAGAUGAUAAUUCUUAUCAAAAUUUCAUUUAACAGUAACAUAUUAUUUUGUUAUGUUAUAACUGUUUCAAUAUUAUUUUGAGCUUUUAAGUUAAUUCAUACUAUUAUUGAGUACUAUAUUUAUUGAUUCUACGCCUAAAAAAUAUAUUCACCUUGGAAACUAGAAGUUCACUGUUAAAACUUAAAACCACUAACUAGAUAAUUUCUUUCUUAAGUUCAUUUUUCGGGAAAUGAAAAAAAAUUAUGAGAUCAUACCACCUUAGAUCUAGGUUUGUGAUAUAUAAUUUUUUUUAUCAUAGUGGCAAAUUAGAAACUCCGUUUGCUUUCUUUUUCAUAACUUUUGGUUUUGAUCAAUUAUUAGUGAAAGAAUUAUAUUUGUGAGAUGAUAAUUCUUAUCGAAAUUUCAUUUAACAGUAACAUAUUAUUUUGUUAUGUUAUAACUGUUUCAAUAUUAUUUUGAGCUUUUAAGUUAAUUCAUACUAUUAUUGAGUACUAUAUUUAUUGAUUCCACGCCUAAAAAAUAUAUUCACCUUGGAGAAUUAUCUUAUUGACAAAACAGUGUUUUGGUACAAUAUUCAAACAACCAAGUAAAAGGGAUGAACUUUUGGUGCACAACCUCAUUUAGUUAUAGCUGCAAAAAUCUCAAGAGCUAUAGUUAAUAGAUUUUUAAUUCAUGCAAAUAUAGCAUAUUAUAUCUCAUUCGUUUCAACACUGAUUUUAAAUUGAUUAGGAAACCCAUUUUAAGUCAAACUUGCCAAGAAAAGUUGUAGAAGACUUUGAUGAGUAAUUUUAUAAAUAUUUUGCCACAACACCAAAGACAAUAGUAGUUAGGUAAAUUUUUUACCCCUAUUCUUCUAUUGUUUUUAACAUCAAGUUCAUUUAUUAGAGAAAAAAAUAACAUACCCACUAAAACAUAAAUUUUUUAACCAAAUAAUGUAUCUCAUUUAUUUUUAUUCUGUAAUUUCAGAAUUAGCGGUGAGUUGUAGACAAUAUUUGUUUAAUCUAACUUCAUUGUUCAUAUAGUGAGGAAGCUAUAAUUUUUGGAAUGUCUAUUGAGAAACUACUCAAAGAAAGUGACAAAAUGAGAGAAUCUUCACCUUCUCAUCACAUACAAAUCGAGAGCAUGAAGUUAAAUUUUAGAUCAAGCCCAUUGAUUAUUACAACUUCGCAAACCCCAUAUAUGGGUACAUAGUUUUGAAGAUAAGGAAGGAUGAAGUAGAGCGCUCUCAAACAAAGUGCAUUACAUGUAUUAGGUAAAUUUAAGUUUGUGAAAAUGGAUUUUUUCAAUAUAAAAAGUUUUGCCAUUAAACUUUGGCAUUAAGUGAAAUGUACGAGGAGAAGGAAGAGUAUGUUAAUAUCAAGGGUAAGAGAUGUUGUAUGAGGUGAAAUUAUACUACCGUGAAAAGAUGUUUCACAUUACCAAACUUUUUACUAUUAAAAAUUGGUUAUCAAUGAAAUGCAAGAGAAGAAAGAAGAGACUAUUGAUAGUGUAUAUUAAGUUUCUCUAAUGAAUUUGUGUGGAGAAGAUGCUCUGGAUGGCGAGCAAUUAUUAAGUUUUUUAGGAAUCAACGUCAUGCAUGAGUUGUGUUAUUUACAUUUAAAAGGACUUUUGUCUGUUAAUGAUCAUGAUGUUGUAAAAAUUAUAAUGUAUGUAGUUUUUUAUAUAUUUUUAAUAAUUGAAUAAUUUGAAUUCAUCAUGAUAUCAAAUAAAUGAUUCGAAUAAUUAUUAUUCCAGUGAUGUAAUUCAUCCGGCCAACGGGCGGGCCUUAAUUCUAUUGGAGAAGUAGAGAUUAGGAAAUAAAGUGGAGCUCCUUUAGAGAAUUGGAGUCUGAAUCUCAGAACAAAUUUAUUGUUUGACAACCGUGAUUCUCUCGUAUAAAUGAAAAAAAAGUAAAUUAAGCAUAUCGAAAUACAAAUUUUCUUUCUUUGACAGAGAUUUGAUAUUCCUAUGUUUCAGAGAUUUUAAAUAUCUAACGUUUGAAUUUCAUAUGCUAAAUUCAACAAAACAAAACAUGACUUUCUCGCAAAUCUGAAAUCACAAGUUUGCUUUCAUAUCUAAAUUCUUUUCGAUUCGUCAAUUAUUGUCAUGUCAUCUCUAUCUGCUUACACUGUGAAGAGGAGGUUCACUAUUUGUCAUGUCGAGGGUGGAGCGACUAUAUAUAUUGCCAACUGGUUGAAGGAAAGAAGUUUUGGUUAUGAGAAUUUUGAUUUAUGAGAGAACGUCGACUUACGAGAAUUUUUAUAUAUGUUAAAACUUAGUUAGAUCAUUUGAUAUAUGUUAAAGCUUUUAUGGCUUUGACACCUAAUCCCACACCAAAAUUAUCAAGGAAUGAUUAAAUGAAACCGUGCUCUACACAUUUGUGCAAUUAAGCAAUGAACUAGGCAACAAUAAUUGUAUAGAAUAAUAUUGAACGAAAACGGCUUGAAUUUCUUAUUAUUUAAUUUUAGAUAAGAGAAGUGAUCAAAUUUGUAUCAUAUGUACCUCCGCGUACAAGCCGUGUUUGCCUAAAAUAUAUUCCCAUUUUAAUUGUCGUCAUUCUGAGAUUUAUUUAUAUUAUUUUUUUUAUUUACCUUGUUCCCCAACUUCUCAUCCAUUUUCCCGUUUAAUCACUUCUUUUUUAGUGUCAGCUUCUCAGAGCUAUUUAAUUUGUUGCGUUGCUUGGAUGAUCCAAUAUUAAUAUAUGAUGAGAAAUAUUUGUGUAAAUUUUAAGGAGAGGUGAAAAGUUAAUGAUGAAGAGGGAAAACUGAGGUAAAGGGACAAACAAAUUCAGCUCAAUUUUGUAAGGAGUUUGAUCCAUGUAGUUGGGGAGAAUAGCUAAUACCUCGUGAAAUAUUCUAUUUUUCAAAUUUCUUAUAAAUAUUUACAGAUAGAAUUUUAAUUAUUUUCGGACGUUGAUGAGAGGAUCAUGCCUCAACGUGACUCCACUAUUGUGAAAACUGAAAAGUACCAGAUUUAUUGUUUCCUGAUAAUUUUAAUUUAUCUCGCUAUCUUGUUGAUGUGGUUGUCACCAUUUAACUACUAUUUUAGACUAUCGAUUCAAACAAAAACCAACUCAUGGACUCGAAAUUUUGUGCAGACACAUCGUGUCAUGUGCUUUAAAUCAACGGUUAAUAUCGAGAACCGUGAGAACUUGAACACCGGAACUCAAGGACAAAUAAGCUCUAGUAUCAUGUCAUAAAACCAACCAACUGAUUCGAAUAAUUCAAACUGUUGUGGAUCUUAACCAAUUUCUCGAACUAAUUAUAAGUGUAUGAUAUUGAACAUACAUUAAAAUUUAAAAUGCAGUGAAUAUUUGCUAACCUCUUGAACAAACCAUAACUUUUUCUUUAAACAAAACCAAGGAAACCAUUACACCUGCCAAUUGCCAUUGGUUGACCACAAUAAUUGAUAAAUUCAACCAUGUCAUGAAUUGAAGAAUAUUUAACUCCCUGAUUGUACUAAGAUUCUAGAUUAGCCCAUGAUAUAAUAAUAAUAAUAAUAUUGUCACUUAAAAAAAAAAUCAAUCAGUAGAACUCACUCAUCGAUUGCCACCUGCACGUGGUCGGUUUUCAACUGUCCAAAGCACAAAUUCGUACAUUCAAUCUGGUUCUGGUACAUCAUCCAUUCAUUAUUGAGUCUAUUAUUAUUUUAUUUAAUAUUAAUCUACCAUCGGCGGCAGAGCUAAAAAAUCAGUUGGUUUUAAUAAUUUGAUUUAUUAGAAUUAAGUGAUUCUUAUAUGUUAAUAAUGUCUUGGUUAAGCAUCUCGAUAUUAAGCAUAUGAUAUUUAGAUGGUGCAAACUAUACCCAAAAAAAUUCAUUUAUGGAUUAUAUACAUUUAACUAACGGUGAGAAGUUUACGUUUGUGGGCUGAGAAUUGAAUAAACCAUCCCACUUGAUUACCCAUAUCAUGUACAAUUGGUUUCGCAAACUUUCAUAACUAAAUAUGGACCUUUAAAUUUAAGUGGACGUAGAAAAUUCAGAUCUAAGAAUUGUGAAUAUUGAAUUCAAUUUAUUUUCCCUAGUUUUCUUAAUUGGUUCUUAUCUUCUUCGUUCUAACUUGGAUUUUAAUUUUUUUUUUUUUGCACAGAUGUAAUGAGUUCGUUGUACUCUACAAAAUGAGAUUCAUUUUCAAUAUUUUUUUAGAAAAAAAAUUCAUACAUAUCGUUACCAACUCUAUACCAUAUGAUAUCUCUUUCGUUUUCAAGUCGUUUUUGAAAAUAUUUGCACAAACGGAACGAGUUUAUCAUGAUCUACUAGAUCUACAAAUUUGUGAGGAAAAAAAUUCAGGAUCAAGAAAUACCACCCCAAACCACCCUGGUAUGAGGUGGUAUCUUAUGGUACACAAUGUUGAAACUCGAAAGUCGUAAACAACAGUUAGUUAUCAUACCAUCAUGUACUCAACCAUCCUAUAGUCUAGUAUAUUCAUACCACCAUGGUAUGCUUUCAUACCAUAUGAUAUGCUCUUUCUUUAAUACCAAUUAAUAUCACCAUGAUAUAGACCAGUAAAAAUGUCUCAUUUUUUUUUUUUUGUUUCAAAAGUAUAUCAAAGUGAAUAUAAUUUUGAAGAGCAUAAUUAAUCUAAUUUAUUUGUGAAAAAAAUUAUAUUAUGAUUUAAAACGAGAGAAAAAUUGUCCUUUAAAAAUACAGGAAAAAGGUUAGAGUUCUUCCAUAAAUGGAAGGAGGGUACUAAUGUGUCAACUGUUGGUUGGAUUAUGCAUGAUUAUUGACCAGUAAGGUCAAAUUUACCCAUGGAUGAAUAUUCAUCAAGAAAUUUAUAAAAAAGUUAAUAACAUAUAUAAGUUGUUUGAAUCCUCAUAACUCUCUUCAAAAGUGUUGUUUUAAUCAUCCUCUUAUUAUUAUUGUAAUUGCAUCUAUCUAUUUUCUUUUAUCACAAUUGCCUCUAUCUAUCUAUCUAUGUUCGAAGACUUAUUAUGGUGAAUGAUUGAAACCAGCCCUAUACUUCCCCUUAACAUGGUUGGCUACUAUUCCGACCGCCCUAAUAAUUGCAUAAAUAAAUCGGCCUUUCUUCUCUUUCCCUAACAAAAGCUAUUUAAAUAUGCAACUAUGGAUAUAAAAUGCUCAAUCAUUGGAGUUCUAUUAUUGUUUUCUGUUUGUUAACAUGUAAUUGUUAAGGGUUAACUAACUUGAAUAUUUUCCUUUUUUUUUCUUCAUGAUUCUCUCCCUAGAAAGCAAUGUUUGUGAAACCGUACCAGAAACCGUACAGUAUAGUAAAAGUGAAUGAUAGGAUAUUUUGUAGUAAAUAUGUGAUUCAACACCUUGGUUCAAUCGUAUUUUACUGCUAAAAUCUCCUACCGUUUGGGAUUCGGUAUCCGGUAUUUUUGGUUGGACAGUCGAGUAUGGUAGGGUUUCCGAAACAAUGCUAGAAAGUAGGGGUGGCUAUACGGUCCGGUCCGGUUAAAUUGGACCAAAUUGAUCCGAUUCCAUUCCGGUCUUUUCGAGAAUAUAAGGACCAAAGAUUGGAUUGGAUACAGUCUGGUCUUGAUCCGGUUCGGUUUUGACCCGGUCCGGUCCCAAUUUUAUCUUGAUUUUAGGUGUUGGGGGUCUCUUAUCCGAUUUUUUUACCUCAAAUCUAAGCACGAAUAUGAGAUUGCAUUGUUUGCUAUCCGGUCCCGGUCCCGAUCCGGGUUAUACGGUAUGGUUUUGGGUAAAACCAAACCGUCCAAGACCAAAUAGCCAGCCUUACUAGAAAGUAUAAAAAAAAGGAUGAAGAAGAAUGGGUGCCACGUUGUAGGGCUGUGAAUGAGUUUAGUCAUUCAUGAGCGACUUCACAUUCGGGUUGGGAAAAACUCGUAUGAAACUCGACUUGUUUACUAAUGAGCCGUUUUUUAACUAAACCUUACUCACUCGCGAGCCAGUUCGACCUGGUGGCUUGUGGGGCUCAACUCUUGAUGAACUAAUUCGUUUUGAGCUCAUGAUCGAGAUGUCUCAACAAUGUGGCUAGCGAGCCAACUCGAUUAACAACUUGUGUGCAAAUCGAUCUAUCUCUUAUGAGUUGGCUUGUUAAUAAUUCAUAGGUUUGUUUCCAUCCGAUCAAACAUCAGUUGAUUCUGAUGUGGCAAAAGUUUUAGUGAGAUGGAAUUUUUUGUGACAUGGAAAGAAGUCAAACAUUUGACACCAUCACCCCCACUAUAUCGACCUGCACUACCCAAAUUCAAGCCACCGCCGACCUGUCGUCAGCUCCCUCGAAAGCAAUCAACUUUCUCCUUCAUUUCCCAAACCAUACUCCCAUACCUAAUAUAACCCACAAUUUAUCGAUACCCAAUUUGUUCGACGGAUCAAAAUGUGACCCAAACCAUGACGCGAUUCGAGUUCCUCCGAAUGGACUCGAAGCCCGAGAACAAAAUACCGUGGGAGGA